AUGGCGUCUCCUAUUAACUAUGAAAUCUCUAGAACUAGGCCAACAAAUAUGGGAAAUAGGGGCAGUGGAACUUUAUACACUGAUUCCCAGCAGGUCUAUUUGGCUUUAGUUAAUUCUUAUACUGAUUUUUCUGAAGUUAGGUUAUUGAUUAGUGAUUGUAAGUUCCUGUUAUCUUCUAGGCCUGAUAUAAACAUUAAAUGGGGGUGGCGUUUGCUUACGCAAACUGAUACUUUGUUCUAUAGUAUUUUUAAAGCUAAAUAUUUUCCGUUGGGGGAUUUUUUGAAAGCUUCAAGGGGUUCUAACCCGAGCUUUGUUUGGACUAGUAUCUUUGCUACUAUUGACUUGUUGAAAAAGAGUGUUCGAUGGAAGGUGGGAGAUGGUAGGAGUAUUCUUGCUGGUAGUGAUCCUUGGAUCCCGAAAGAAGGAUCUUUUAUUGCUGAUGAUGGGGCUGUUUUUGUUGAUGGUGCCUUGAGAGUCUCAGAUUUGAUUUUGGAUGAUGGUAGAAGGUGGAAUAUUAAAGGGCUCAUGGAAUAUUUCUCUGCCUGCGACGUAAAUGCUAUUCUCUCUAUUCCUCUUAGUAUGUUUAAUGCUAAAGAUUCUCUGAUAUGGCACUUUGAUAAGAAAGGCAUGUAUACUGUUAAAUCCGGCUACCAUAUUAGCCAUGCCUCCUAUGAUCUUGCUGUGACUCAAAAAUCUGUGGAUCAUGCUUUGCUUCAUUGUGCUUUGGCCUCUCGUUGUUGGAGUGUAGUAGGUGUUUUCUCUUUAGUCCCUGGAGAUUCCUUUUCCAAUGUUUUCAUGAAUAUUUGGAGUCAUAAGGGAAGAGAGGUGGCAGAAUUAUUCUCUUUUAUUGCAUGGAACAUUUGGAAUUCUAGAAAUAAUUUCUUUUGGUCUUCUAAGGGUAUCUCCCCUAAUCAGCUGGUUUACAAUGCUGUGUCGUAUUUAGUGGAAUGGAGAUCAAUGGAUAAUCUUAGGAAUUUGCACACUCAAACAGGUAGAUAUGUUGCUGAUGAAGUUAACACUAUUGACAAUUUGCAAACCUUCCUGUCCAAUGGCGGUUGGAGUUUAUUUAUAGAUGCUGCUUUGUUUCGGCAAGAAGGGUUCACUGGUUUUGGUGGCGUUGUGGAAACUGCUGAAGGUAGUUGGUUUGGGGCAGUUUCGGGGUUCUUGGAUGGAGUCCACAAUCUAGCAGUGGCUGAAGCUUUGGCUUGCCGUUCGGCUAUUAUUUAUUCUUCUCAUUACUUGAGUGAUGGUGGUGUUAUUUACACGGAUAGUCAACAGCUUGCUUUGGCUUUGCAUUCUCCAGCUUUGGAUAACUCCUCUUUUGGGUCUAUUAUUCAAGAUUGCAGGUCCUUACUUGUUGCUAGGUCUAACACUAGAGUUAGAUGGAUUGGUAGACAUUUAAAUAGAGCUGCACAUGUUUUAGCUCAUGCUUCGAUUCGUUUCCCCCGUUUCACAAUUUGGGAAACAAUUCCGGAUGUUAUUUCCUCUCUAUAUGUUGCUUAA